GCUCCGGGAUCCAAGAUGGAGUCGGUGAGUCGAGCAGGGCGUGAGAUGAGUCUGGCGGCCUUGAAGCGACGCGACCCCUAUAUCACCAGCAUCGCAGACCUUUCGGGCCACGUCGCGCUCUACACUUUCUGCCCUAAAGCCAACCAGUGGGAGAAGGCUGAUAUAGAAGGUCCGCUAUUUGUGUAUCGAAGGUCCGCUUCACCUCACCAUGGUUUCACCAUUCUCAACCGACUGAACAUGCACAACCUGGUCGAACCAGUGAAUAAAGAUUUGGAAUUUCAGCUCCACGAACCAUUUCUUCUGUAUAGAAAUGCAAGCUUGUCGAUAUACAGUAUCUGGUUUUAUGACAAGAAUGACUGUCACCGCAUCGCAAAACUCAUGGCUGAUGUGGUCAAAGAGGAGACACGGAGAUCCCAGCAGGCUGCUCAAGAGAAACAGAGUCCCAGCCAGGCCAAUGGCUGCAACGACCAGAGGCCCAUCGACAUCCUGGAGAUGCUCAGCAGGGCCAAGGAUGAGUAUGAGAGGAAUCAGAUGGGCGGCUCAAAUAUCUCCAGCCCUGGGUUACAGCCAAGCACUCAGCUCUCCAAUCUGGGAAGCACCGAGACACUAGACGAGACACCCUCUGGGUUACAAGAUAAGUCUGCUCCAUCGGGUCACAAACAUCUGACAGAAGAAGAGUUAUUUGGAACCUCUUUGCCAAAGGAGCAACCAUCAGCUGUGGGUCUCGAGUCAGAAGACGUGGAGAAGCCGCCCGGAGAUGACGAGCAGUCAGCGGGCGCGCCGCAGUCUGAAAACCUGGGUGUCCAUUCUGUUGCUCCCCACACAGUCCAGCCUGACGUCACCGCCCCCGUGCUCAUCACUCCCGCCUCCAUUGCCCAGUCAGGGGAAAAGCAUGCCCCAAGCUACACCGUCCCGCUGAGCCCGGUCCUCAGUCCUGCUCUGCCAGCCGAAGCUCCCACCACACAGGUUCCUCACUUACCUCGGAAUAGCACCAUGAUGCAAGCAGUGAAGACCACACGACAGAAGACUCCACUCCUGAGCCAGCCAGUUCCUGAGCUAAGCCCCUUCAGAGCCCCAGUGAGUCUGUCAAGCCCCGCUGGAACAUCCCUCCCCAGCGUUGAUCUGCUCCAGAAACUCAGGUUGACCCCACAGCAUGACCAAAUACAGGCCGCGCCGCCGCCGCCGCCGGUGCCGCUUGGAAAAGGUACAGUGGCACCUGGCUUUUCCUCAGCAGCUGGCCGGCUGGCCACCCCUGAGAGCUUCCUAGAGCCUCCCUCUAAGACGGCAGCAGCCAGAGCAGUGCCCUCAGCCUCCCUGAGCAACAUGGUGCUUGCUCCAACCCUUCAGAUUGCAGGCCCUGCGUUGGUCACUGCAGCAACCACAGCAGUGUCUUCUAUCCUGCUGUCCCCCAGUGUGUCCCAGCAGACAGUCCCCAGGUCCACAGACCUGGAGAGGAAAGCAAGCUCUCCCUCUCCUCUCACUGUUGGAACGCCAGAAAAUCAGAGAAAGCCUUCCAUUAUUCUCAGCAAGUCUCAGCUCCAGGACACACUGAUACAUCUAAUAAAGAAUGACUCUGGCUUCCUCAGUACACUUCAUGAAGUCUACCUGCAGGUGUUGACCAAGAAGAAGGACAGCCACAACCUAUGACUGGAGUAC